CGUGUGUCUAAUUAGACGGUCUCUGGUAUGAGGAGCUCGCAUGUCUGGACGCCAUGAGUUUUGCAUGUAAACUGCAUGAGGCAUUUGUUCAAAAUAACGUUUUCAAGGCUUUUGUGAUAGUUCGUGAAGAAAAAUCUUCCAUAACCUUGGUUGAUCGAUUGGACGAAGUUGUUAUCACGGAACUGCAUAAAAAAGAACACAAAAACGUCGUUCUAAUAUUACGUGCCAUUGAACAUGUGAUAGAUAAAGAUGAAGAGUGCAAACAUACACUUGUUCACCACGGCUUGGUUGUAAAGAUGUUGAGCUGGUUUGAGACCGUGUCAGAGCACCUUAAAGAACAGCACAAACCUUCCAAGAUCGCAAUGAAACUCAUCGAAGUGUUCUACGAGGUUUCCAUGAUUUUGUGUCGGAUCACCAGUGCAGGCAGUAAUAAGAUCCUGGAUCUAUUUCUCUUGCGUUUUGGAACUGUUGUCUUGGACCAUGAAAUGCCUUUCUGUCUACGGUUAGAGGCAAUCAGAACCAUAAAUUCAAUGUUGGACAGCAGUCCAAAAGACAUAAGGAAGAAACUCUGCCAGUCAGAUGACCAUAUCGGGCUCUUAGAAAACUUGGCGAAAGCCCUGACAGACAUUGGUGAUUAUGAAAUGCAGGUGGCCAUAUCAGAAGCUCUCUGCAGGAUGACUCCAAAAAAACUGAGAGAAGACUUUGCUGGCAAAUGGUUCAGUUUUAGAAGCUUUGCCUCAGCUUUUACCUCAAUUUGUGACAAAGAUUUUGAAACCGACUGCAGGACAUUCCUGAAUGAACUCAACAGUUAUUUCGGAAAGUCGCGAAGAGUCUUCUCAUUCCCUUGUAUUAGGGUGUUUCUUGACUCAACUGAAUUAUUCAAGCCUGAGGAUGAGUUUCUGAAGGAGUUUUGGGUGGAUUUCAACAUUGGAACAUCAAGUAUAAGUUUCUUUGUAAAUGACCCGCCGAACACACUGUGGGAACUGAUUCACCUGCCUAAAGAUGCCAUCAGCACAUUAAAUCUACAAGACCAUGAUGAUCAGAAGAUAUUGACAGUUAACAUGAUCAAUCCAGUCAGCCACGGAAAGCUCACUGGCCAAAUGGUCAAAAUCAUCUUUAGCUCCGAGCAUAACAUUCAGACCGCCUUGACAAGGGUGUUUGCAGAGAAAAUACAGCAUGCCCCUGAGUCUGUGAAAGCAGAAGAGGAUUUGCCUGUUCUAGAGGUUACAACUUUUGCAAUGUUGUCUCAUGCAGGAAUCGAACAACUGGAGGUGCCAGAGACAUUUACCAGUCCACCUGCUAGACAGAUCAAAGACAUCAGUAAGGUUUCCUUCCUUCUGAGCGGACAAGGCAGCUAUUCAGGAGCAAAGACUCAAGACAAAGACAUCUUUUACCUUAAGGAUCAUUCAGAUUCUGAGGUUGCACGUGCCAAAACGCUGUUGUUCUGUCAGUCAUCUUCGUCUAAUGGGUCUACAAAAUCGCUCCCUGACACUCUGGGCAAAGCGGUCAAGAAGAGAAUUAGGGUAAUGCAUUCAGGAGAUGAAGAGUUUUUCUACAGAGAUACACCACAUACUGAUUACAGCAGGAAGAGACCCAGAACUAAAGGCAAACUCCGAGUACUACCUCUUUCUUCACCCAGUAGUAAUGAGGAGGAGUUUUCCAAGUAUUCAACCCCCAAGCACAGAUGUCAUGAAAAGGAAAUCGAAGAAAGUGAAGAAUUGCAAUCUGAAGUCAAACUACUGAGAUCUGUAAAUGUUACAACUGAUUCAGGGUUUCAAGAGAAGACUGUUGUUUUUGAUAGCAGUUUCCCAUUGGAGGAAGCAGAUACUCUUGUUGAAAAAUUACAGGAACAUGGUUUAGAUAUAGAGGAAUCACAUUCUCAAAAAAAUGAACUUGAAUCAUCAGAGCCAUAUCUUGCUCCAAAAAGGGAACAGCUCCUGCCUGGACUUAAACCAAAGAGGUUGUUCUCAUCCUUACCACUAGAGGAUGCUACAGAGAGAGUUUCUAAAGUGUUGGAGGAUGAAUCGGAAGAAGAGUUGGGGGCAGGUGUCAGAUCUGCAUUUCACUCCUUUAAGACUCAGCUGAGAACACAUUUUUCUAACAGGUAUAAAAAAAUCGAAGCUAGAUCACUGCAGUCCUUAACAGACUGUCAAAGAAAUGUGACCUCUCUCUUGGGAACUGUACAUAGUCAAAGACUCUUACAUUUGGAGCAUUUCCAGACCAGUGUGGUGCAGCAGCUGGAAUGUUUGGAGCAGAACUGCCUGACUCUUAAAUCCAUCGAGAAAGAAACUGUGAAUUUCUGGCAGUUGGAGGCUAAUACAGUUCGAGCUUUCUGUGAUAGACAGCAAAAGAGGUUGGAUUCUUUAACAAUCUCCCAGGAAUCUACUGAUGCUUCAUACAGUCUGUCAGAGAGCCAAGAGACCCAAAUCAGUGUGCUUGCAGAUCUUACAGCCUCCCAGUGUCCUCUGGGACAACUGUCGACAGAGGGUUCGUCUGCAGACCCUUCAUAAGACGACGUGUGCUUUUUGUUUAAAUUUUUCUGUCUAUGGGAAUGUCUGCACUGUAUUAAAAUAUCUGAUGUGUGUGUGUCAAAUAACAAUAAAAACACAGAUCGUCAGGUUUACUAGGUACUAUUUUAAGUGCUUUAUUUAGAUUUGUUAUGGAAACAUUCAUUGUUCAACAUUUCUCAUUUAAUGAUCAAUUAUGAAAUCCACAAACCUUCAAAACAAUUUCAAAUUAACAUAGGCUUGCACAUUUAGAUAUCAGUGUUUAAAAUGUCAAAAGGAGUGGUAAUGCUUAAAAAAAA